AUGAAUGGACAGAUGUGGACAGGAAACGAGUUAUGAAUGACAUCAUCACAACCAUGUUCAAUAAAAAAUUCAUGGAAGAGCUGUUUAAACCGCAGGAACUCUAUUCCAAGAAAGCACUACGAACAGUGUACGACCGCCUGGCUCAUGCUUCGAUCAUGAGACUGAACCAGGCAAGCAUGGACAAGCUGUAUGACCUGAUGACGAUGGCUUUCAAAUACCAAGUGCUGCUGUGCCCUCGGCCCAGGGACAUUCUGCUGGUCACCUUCAAUCACCUGGAUGCCAUCAAGGAUUUCAUAUAUGAUUCCCCUGGGAUUAUGAAUCAAGUGGAUGAAACUUUCCGACAGCUGAUUGAUACAUACAGCUGUCUCUCUGAUGGGGAAUUCCAGCUCAUCAGGCAAACUCUCCUCAUUUUUUUCCAGGACAUGCACAUAAGGGUUUCAAUCUUUCUGAAGGAUAAAGUGCAAAACUCCAACGGCCGCUUCGUGCUGCCAAUAUCAGGCCCUGUUCCUUGGGGCACAGAAGUUCCAGGACUCAUCAGGAUGUUUAAUCAUGAUGGAGAUGAAGUUAAAAGAACUGAGUUCACUACUCCUGGAAAUUAUGUUACUCCACAAAGGGAAGGAUCUUUUGGUCUUUAUGGAGACAGAGUCCUCAAACUUGGAACAAAUAUGUACAGCGUCAGUCGGCCAGUAGAGACACACAUGUCAGGAUCAUCCAAAAACCUGGCAUCCCGUGCAAAGGAGAACAUAGUCCCUAAUCCUCUUGCUAAAGAAGAACUGAACUUUCUGGCCAGGCUGCUGGGAGGUCUGGAGAUCAAGAAUCCCAGUGGCAGUGACACAGGAUUUCGACUGAAUUUGUUCACAACCGACGAGGAGGAAGAACACGCUGCACUGACUAGACCUGAGGAGUUAUCAUACAAGGUUAUCGACAUAGAAGCCACACAG